CCAUGCCAUCAUCAAAGUUUUUCUUGGCCACAUUCGAACAGACCAAACGAAAAAUCUACUUUAAACGAACUGCGAACGAACAAAAUACGUACGGAUAGAAAAAAUUGCGGCUGGGAGUUUUUAAAAAUUCCAAAAUAAUUUUCUUUGAAAAAAAAGGUAAUUUCCCCAUCAUCUGCCCUGUAAUAUACCGCUUGACCUCCCCCCGAGCAAUAUGGCUACCACCGAAAAUACUUUGGAAAAACAAAUCGGUUGUGUUAAAUACACACUAUUCUGUUUCAAUAUUGUUGCCUGGAUGUUGGCCACAUCACUGUUUGCCCUGACAGUCUGGCUGAGAGCUGAACCCGGUUUCAAUGAAUGGUUGAAGAUUCUACAAGCUGAAGCUUUUUACAUUGGUGUCUACAUACUGAUUGCCAUCAGUAUUAUUAUGAUGGCUGUGAGCUUUUUGGGUUGCCUAUCGGCCCUGAUGGAAAACACUUUGGCCCUGUUCGUGUUUAUUGGCACCCAAAUCUUUGGUUUUCUCAUUUCAAUAGUUGGUUCGGCACUUCUAAUGCAAUACAGUACAAUGCAUUCUAGCCUGCAGCCGCUGUUGCAAACUAGCCUCAGCAAUUUUGUAAGUACUUCGGAACAACCCUACUCCUCGUAUGUGCUGAAUAUGAUCCAAGAAAAUGUGGGAUGUUGCGGUGCCAGUGGUCCCUGGGAUUAUUUGAAUUUGAGACAACCAUUGCCAAGCUCGUGUCGUGACACCGUCAGUGGCAAUGCCUUCUUCAAUGGUUGUGUCGAUGAGCUGACCUGGUUCUUUGAAGCCAAAACAUCAUGGAUUGUGGCAAUUGCUCUUGGUUUGGCAAUGCUGAAUGUUAUCAGCGCUGUUAUGAGUUUGGUUUUGGUACAAGCCGUAAAGAAGGAAGAGGAAGAAGUACAAGCCUAUAGACGUUAAAUGCAAUAUCAGCUCUCUCGUUAGGAGUUUUCCACCAGCAAAUAAGACGAUGCAACACAAAUUAUUUUAAAUGUUUUCAUAAAAUACCAUACAAAACUUGUUUUUACCACAUACUAUCAUCUAAGUUAAUAUAUUUUUUACAAAUAUUUGCACUAAGUUUGAAAAAUAUAUUUUUAAAUAAAUUUAAUAAAACAAAAAAAGAAAUAAAAUACAAAAUUUCUUCUCAGCAUUGAGAAGAAUAAAGAAAA